AUGCGUAUUCCAGUUAUUAUCCUCCUCCUCCUCCUGGUUUUCAUCACUAACAGUGAUUGUGGAAUAAUCCGUCAAGUUAUUGCAUUUGGCGAUUCUUUCUUGGAUACUGGCAAUGUUUUUAACUACAUUUCCAAUCGAACAUAUCCACAAUCACCUCCAUAUUUUCAUGGAACAUAUUCGAAUGGACCAAACUCUAUCUCACAAGUUGUCACGAAAGUCAAACGUCGACAAAAACAAGUUCAAUUUAAAAAUUAUGCUUAUGGUGGUGCGACAACUGAUAAUCAAUUGGUACAAGGUUUCACAAUUUAUAAAAACACGCCAGUUCCGGGCGCCUUACAGCAAAUCAAACUCUUCCAUCAAAAUAAAACUGGCAAACAAAUACCACAAAAACAAAGAUUAUAUUUCUUAUCAGCUGGUGGAAAUAAUUUCUUUUAUAAUAAUUCAAUCUCAUACCAAGCUAUUACAGAAAGUUUGUUAAAAUGUGUUCAAUUGCUUUUAUCUUAUGGUGCUCAACAUGUUUUUGUUUUCAAUUUUCCACCAUAUCAAUAUUCACCUAUUAUAACACAAAGUGGCAAUUUAUCACUUCAACAAUAUGUCGGAAAUUUUAUUAUUAGAAGUAAUCAACUACUCUUAAAUGCGACCCAAAAGCUAAAUGGUCGUGCUACGGUCAUUAACAUUUGGACUACGGUAAAUAAUCUUAUUACGAAACCAGAUUCACACGGUUUGAAAAACAACAGAACGGCUUGUUUAAAUACAACUUCACUUGUUGUAUGUGCAAAUCCAAACCAACACGUUUUUUGGGACGAACAACAUUAUACGACAGCGACUCACAAGGUUAUCGCACAAAAAGUCUAUGCUCAAUUGAAACAAAAAAUUAAAUGGUUAUAAACAGAGCAUUGUGCAAAAAAGAACUCUCAGUUGUCUUAAAUCUCAAUUUUUUUCCGAUCUUUCGAAAACAGAUUAUUACCAGUUUUGGCUGAAACAUAGAGAUCGUAAAUAUUCCAUGCGCAUCUUUUCGUAACCCGUUUGUUUUGCCUGUAAACUAUCAACUUUGUGUUAUUUGCUAACAAAAUAAAUCUUUUUUUAUUAUUCAGAUAGCAGAAGGAAAUAUCAUGUUACAUAAUCUUCUGUAUACCUAGUCAGUAUUCCCAUAGUUAAAUAGGGAAUUUACGCAUACUACCAAAAGUUCAAUGUUCAACUGUUUAAAACUUGGAAAGAAUUAUUUGAAAGAAAUGAUUCAAUGAGUAUAAAGAAGAAACAAUCUCUUGUGUGUGUUUUUGUGAGAUAUUGAGGGUACAAUACGGACUUCUGUUAGAUGAUUUGCAUAUCUUCUUCGAUGAAAGUAUUUAAGUAGUAGACCCUUUGGGUAUGCUAUCAAAAAUGAAAAACCCUUAAAAGGUAUUUUAGAAUAUAAAAUAUCCUCUUGGUAUUUUAAUUUGCUUGUUAAACGGUACACUACAAAACCUAGUGGUUUAGCAGCUGCAGGAAAACUUAAUUUCGUUUUCUAUAUUUCAUAGGGAACCAAAAUGGGUUUUGUACGCAAAACGCUAUACCCUUUUGGU